AUGGCGACCCCAGCAAAUGAAAAUAAUGACCAAAACACCUUAAGUGUAGGUGUAUUAUUAAUCUUUGGUGAUAUUAUUUCCAAUCAACAACGUGACGAGAUAUUUAAUUAUCUCAAUAAGGCAUUGAAACGGAUCGAUAGUAAAAAAUUUCAUGAAAUAGACAAUCUUUUCAAUAAUUUAAUUAAUAUUGAAGAAUUUCAAGCGGAAUCUCAAUACCGACAAAUAAAAAUUACAGACAAUGGUUCGAUUGCUGGAUUUCUGUAUUUACCUAAUUUUCAUGCUGUAUUAAAUGUGCUAAAAGAUUAUUUUAAUAGUUGUUCUCAUGUUUCUAUUAUAUUCUGCGGUCAGCAAAUUGAUUCACAUGGAUCACUUAUUUUGGCUGAUUCAACUUUUACUUCGGAUCAUUUGAAUAAUCUAUUUGAAGAUGGUGGAAAAUAUCUUACAGAAGAUUUACAAAUAAUAUUACCAUUUAUUUCUCAUCAAUGGACAAAAUUAUUAAAACAAAAAUGUGUGAAAAAUAUUCAUAUUGAUGAUUUGUCAAAAGAAAUAAAUAACGAAAAUUCAUUUGGAAAUGAAUUCUAUCAAAGAUUAAAUCAAGUUCUCUAUAAAGAUUCUAUUGAUUUUGAUAUUUAUCAUAAAUUAAUAUCAAGAGAUAGUUCAGGCACAAUUGCUUUCGAUGAACCGAAUCUUUAUAUACUAUAUGGACAACAAGGAGAAGCAUCGUUAUUUGGUAUUCGCGGUUUUGUUGUACUGAUUAAUGGAGGUUUUAGUCGAAUGCCUUCGUAUUGGAAUUUAAUUCGUGGUCUUCAAACUGUUGAUGCUUGUAUUUUAACACAUUUCGAUUAUAAUGUUCUUUCUGGUUUACAAACAAUUAUUCAUCGAAAGACUAUUCCAUCAUUGCAUGAUGGUCGAUUAUGUAAACCAGAUAUAGGAGCUAUGUUUCUUAAUAAUAUACAACGAACCCGAUUACAAGCGUUGCAUUCAUUGAAAGCACCUUCAAAUAGCAAACUAUCAGUUAAUCUAUCUCAUAAUAUUGAUCAAUUCUUAAAUGAUAUUAAACAAUUAAAUAUCGAAACAUUUGAUUUAGUAAAAAAUACAACACCGAAUAAACAUACUAUAGAGCCGAUUAAUCUUUACAAAAAGAUAGCAUUUGGUUCACUUGAUCUUUAUGUGUUGUAUCCAUUAUCAUCUUCGUCAAUGGAUGAUGAUAAAUCUUUAGCAACUUUACAAAAAAUUCCAAUUCGUGAUCAACAACCUUCUCCUUCGAUAAUCCCUCAUCAUCAUUGGUAUUCAUCAUGUGCACUUCUCGUUUGGACACCAACAGCAAAAUCAAGCAAAGAUAGUUUAGUUCGCAUUUUAUACACAGGCGCAUGUCCACAAACUCUCGUCUUUGAAGCAUUAGCUAGAGCUCGUCACCUCGAAUUUUUACAUGAAUCUCAACAACAACUUCAAACAAGUCGAGCAAGUACUCCUAAAACAACAUCAUCUACGGCUAGUAGUAUAAAUGUUAAAUAUUCAAUUUCAAAACUUAAAUCGACAUCUUCAACAUCAUCAAGCAGUGAAAAAAUAAAAGUUCUUCCACGAACUGUUACAUCACAAUCAAAACUUCGAUUGGUCCCUACAACAACAACAACGAAACUAGAUAGAAAAACAUCUAUUCCUAGAACUGAUCCACCUCUACAAUCAGCUAAUAAAGAUAAGAAGAUAUUCAAUUCUCGGCAAACCAUAUCAAAAACUAUUACUAAAGUUAAUCAAGUUGAUAGACAUGGACGAAAUUUACAAACACAAAACAUUGAACAAUCAAAUAAUGAAAUAAAACGUCCAGAAUCAAUUUCAUUUACUAAUAAUAUAAAUGAAGCAUUUGUCGAUAGUAACACAGCAACACCACUCGAUGAAAAUAAUUCAUACUUUAUUGCUACUGAUCCUAUGACAACAAGUUUUGUUGAUGGAGCACCUAAUACUCGAAAUCCAUUUCUUGAUAAAAAUGACGAUAUUGAAAUCAUCCACCAUAAUAUAUCAACAGCGACAACAUCAUCCAUCGACGAAAUAAAUCCACAAGGUUUACCAAUGAACGAUGAAAAUAAUACAAAAAGACUAACAGUUAGAAAAUCAAGUCUACCUACAAUUUCAAAUAAUAACCCACGCAAAACAAAACAGAACUUACCAUCUGGUUCAAUAUUUUAUGUUGACGUUGCAUUUAUUCCAUAUCAUGGCAACGAACAUUAUGUUGAUAGUGAAUUUUUUCGGCGUAUACGUGCUCGUUAUUAUGUAUUAAAUGCUGUUGAAAUAAACCGUCUCACAUUAGAAUCUUUAAUUGAUGGAAAACAGCAAUGGGAUAAACAAGAACAAAUACCAGUAACACUUGUACCGACAUAUGAUGGGGAUCAAUUAAGACAAUUUUUUGUGAUGAAUAAAAAUCGUCUAGCUGAACUGAAUAUCAAUAUAAUUCCAGCAUCAACUCGGUGUAAUGUGCAAUACGAUGAUGAAGGUUCACCUGCACAACGUCUACGUUUUAUUAAUGACCAAUAA